AUGCCGGAACAUUUACAUUGGUCAUAUCCGGAUAUACCGGAAGAAUUUAAUAAGAUACUCUUCCAAGAUGACAAAAAGAUAGUGGUUGUUGGAGUUAUUGGUAAAUCUGCAUUUCCGGAUUGCAAUAAAAUGGCUGCAUUAGAUGUACUGGGUUGCCAUCCAAGUAUUUUGAAACAUGAACCCCAGGAGGGUCAAAUUCAAUUUUAUUACAAUUCACUGGAAUCAAUUUUGUAUUUGCAUUUUGAGACAUCCUACGAUUCAGCAUGUAUGCAAAAAAUGCUAUUAGAAGAUUUGGAAAAUCAAAAAUUUGAAGAUUUCUUAACAUUCAAUCAGAAGGUGCGUAGCCGCUUUGCCCGCAUGUUCCUGUUUGCCACACAGGUUUGUCAUUUAAUUGUUUUCGUGGAGCUGAGUGUUACCUUUGAUGCCUCACUGCUGGGUGUCUUCAAGGCACUCAAGAUAAUAAGGGACCGUCAUGUCUUGAAAUUUUUUCCAAAGCUGCUAAAGAAUUCCAAUACUGGAUUUAUUUUGGGUAAACCGUCACGCCUGUGUUCACCGCGUGUUAUAUUUUUAUUUGAAAAUUUACCCGAUGGUCAUGAAAAAACCAAAGAUGCAAUUUCUAAAUUUGAAUUCGAUGUUGAAGAUAAUAUUUACAAAAUGCUACGCAAUGAAUUUAUUGUGGUGAAUAACAGCAAUAAUUCUCUAUUUUCAAUACCGGUCAAUCUGCGUUUUGUCUAUUACAAUUUAAAUGAAAAGCUACGUGAAGAUCCUUUGUUAAAAUCUGUAAAUUUAUUACAAGAUUUGUUGCACAAACCAACUUUUACCCAAGAUGAUGAUGAGGAGGAGGAUUUACUGCCCUAUAAGGGCUUUGGAAAACCUCUAUCAUUUCCCAAUGUUCCCACAAAAUCCGAAUCCUCCGAGGAUUUAUAUGUGAAAAAUCGCAAAUUUUUCGAUUUACUCAAGGAUCAUGUGGAACAGGCUUUCAAAACGGGGUUCAAUGAUAAUCUCACCAAAUUCAAGGGUAAACAUCAUUUUGUGCUUCUGAACUUCAAAUCAUGGUAUGAAAUAUUUAAAAUGUUACAUAAAUUAUUCGUUGAAAAUCCCGAUAAUGUCGAUUUUGAGGCCAAUGAUCCGGAUUAUAAAUCGUAUUUGGAAAACUUUGAUAAAAUCUUAAAUUAUGAUAGCGAAUUUUUUAAAGCCUGCUGUGAUAUUGGACUUCAAAAAGCCUUCGCAAUGUAUAACAAUCCUACUUUGACAUAUUACAGUGCAGCUGUACACAAGAAAUUGGUCGAAGAAGCUGUGGCUUUGUAUAUGAAAUACGCUCGUGGCAAUGACAAGACAACAAAUGAGCUUAAACUUCGUGAAAUGUGUGAGGCGUGUUGGCGAAAUGGCAAGGAGCAAUGUGAAUAUCCCAGUUUGAGAGGUAAUCCAUGUGCUAGACCAAAACAUAUUGCCAAAGAUCCUACGGAGCAUUCCAGUGGCUUAAUAUUUAUAUCAGCUUGUAAUUGUGGUAAACUGCAGGGACGGCGUGAAGAUCCCUAUAGUACGCGACAUGCGAACUAUGAAUUUUAUGAAUAUAUGGCGAGUAAUUGUAAUCUAUGUGCCAAAGUGAAGCGAAUCAAUUUUGCCGUCUUUGAACCUUCGAUAAAUGAUUAUCGGGCGGCAGAAUUUGAGCGGGGAUUUCCUAAAUUACCCAUGCGUAAAAAUCAAGAUCUACAAGAUGAACAUUCAAUGCACCACGCCUAUUCAGAUGAUGAAGAAGAACAAUUUCCCAUAAAUAAUUCACAACCUUUGGCGGCAUCACAGAGGACUCUUACCAAUCUAAGCCUCUCCACGUCGAUUGAUAAAAUGAAUAAAAUCGAUAAAGAUCAAGAUAAUGAAGAUGAUGAUGGUGAUGAGGAGAAUAGUUCAGAUGAAUCCUUGAAUGAACUAAUUCUCAAGGUAAAAGAAACGGAUGCCCUAAAUGAAGAGGAAACCACAGAGCGUACAAUUUAUCGCCAGCCAUCUACAACAGAAUAUUUACCCGGUAUGAUGCAUACCCAAAGUCCUGUGGGAUUAUUACCACAAUUUCCCAGCUGGUCAUUGUGUUGUGUUGGCGCUAGUUCUGUUUAUAGUCACAAUCAUGGUUUGCAAGAACAUUUCCAAUCGGGUUUUUUGUCAGGUUCAAAUUUCCUUUUACCCUGGGAUGUUCAAGUGCGUUUGGAACAUUCAGCCCAAUGGGCAUAUGAAAAGACCCGCUAUCGUAAAAUGGGUGAAGUUUUUGUAUUGAAAAUAUUCGUUGGCUUUGAGUACGAAUGUCCGAGGGGUCAUCGUUUUAUGAUGUCGGCACCGGAUAAGAUUCUGAGAGGUGGAUCAGGAAUUCUUCGUGACAGUGGCAGCAAGGUUGUCUACAACAAUAUGCCCCUCUACUUCCCAUGCCCCUGUCGAACGAAAAAAUUCGAUGUUGCCCAGCUGAUGCGUAUUCAUGUUGUAACGCCAAAAGCUCCCGUCAAUGUUUCAUUAGAUCCAAAAGUACGCACCGGUGAUGGAGAUUAUGUUUUUGUAUUGGGUUGUGAACCGAAAUUGACACAAAGCGCAUAUUGGAUGUUACGUCUUCCGUAUAUCUAUGAAGGUGAUGAUGGUCCCAUACCAACGCCAACGGAAAUAACAGCUGCAAAUGCUUUGAAUUAUGGUUGCUUAAUGGCUGGCAUGUUCGGAGUUAGUGAAGUUGAGGCCGAUGAAUAA